AUUUUAAGUCAUUGAUUGAAGUGCAGCAGCCUGAACCACUGCCUGUUAAGCAAAAACCUGAAGAGAAGCCAGCAUUGGAAGAGGUUUCCAGGUUUAGUCUCUCCAGAUACAAGAUUGAUGCUAACUCAUUGAUGAAGGAUUCUAAGGAUUUUAAACAACCCGUCGCUAAAGAGACUGCGAGUUCUCAGCAAAAGAAUACAACAGUUGCAAAGAAAGAAGAAAUCAUAGAAAAACCCAGUUCAGCUUCUAGAAGAGUUAUUCAGAAAAAGAAACAAAAAGUGAAUAAAGUUCUGGUGAAGGAUAGAGUUCAGUCAUCAACCAAACAGAGAACAGCUUCAAAUGCUGAAGUGGAAAUGUCUAGAUUAGAACCUGAUAAUGCUUCUACUGAUGAGCAGUUGCCUAUGAAGGAAGAAAUCAAAGUAACAGAGGGCAUAGACGAAGUCAAAGAUGUACCCGCAGAAGAAAGUUAUACAGAAACAAAGAAGGUCCGUUCUAUUCAGUUCUCAGACCAAGCUCUCCAACCAAGUGAUUCACCACUUCCAUCUGCACCAGAGUUAGUUCCUUCAGAAAAAUCAAUACCAAGAAGUUAUAGCAGCAACUCCAAGAGUAGUGAAGUAUCUGGUGGAAAGAAGUCUUCUAUGUUUAGCAGUUGGAAAAAGAAGAAACCAACGUCUGCAGUUAGUGGCACUCAUCUCAGUGAGGAUUCAGAGUCUGAUGAUUCGACCAACAUCACCAUUCCGGAUGGAAGCUUGAUAGUAGGUGUCACACCUCGAUCACCUAAGGAAAAACUUAGGCAUGGAGAGAAGUCAAAACAUGAAGAGAAGUCAAAACAUAGAGAGAAGAUAAAGCAUGGCGAAAAGUCAAAAAAUGAAAAGAAAGCAUCAAAAUCUUCAGCAACUG